AUGGCAUUAGCAGCAUCUCCUGUGGCGGCGUGCCUCGCUGGCAGUCGGGUGGGCGAGGACGGCCCGCUGAGAUUUGCUUCCGCUUUGGGCCAAUACGCUAGCACUUGCCUAGGUGUUACGUUACCUACGAUUCAGUACCAACUUAUACUCCAAUUCACUCUACCAACUUAUACUCAAAUCAUCAAGCAAGCUUCAACCAACAGCAGCAGCGUGACCAUUGAUGCCCUCAUCGUCGGUGGUGGGUUUGCCGGAAUUGGCCAAGCUUAUGCCUUGCGCAACCUUGGCCUGUCUAUCAAGCUAAUCGACUCACUCCACGAUGUGGGAGGAACAUGGCGCUCCAACAUUUAUCCCGGUGCCACCAGCGAUCCUGAAAGCUUCGUGUACCGACUUUUCUGGGACAAGGAAGACUUGCAAUCUUAUCCCUGGACCCGUCGGUACCUGCGACAGCCUGAAAUUCUUGCUUACCUGGAGCAUUUCGUCGAAAAGCACGGCCUCCGCAAGCAAAUGCAGUUCAACACGGAAUUAUUAUCGGCCGCCUGGGACGACGAUGCCGCCACCUGGGAAAUUAAGACAAACACGGGAGAGACAUACUCUGCACCCUAUUUCAUUUCUGCCAUGGGUGAUCUGAGCAAGGCACAUCGACCCAGCAUCCCAGGGGCAUCCUCAUUUGGCGGGGUCCUCGUGCACUCGUCUCACUGGCCUGACACCCUCAAUGUCACUGACAAGCGCGUCGGUGUUGUGGGCUGCGGCGCGAGCGGAGUCCAGAUCAUGACCACCAUCGCGCCUAAAGUAUUGUCACUGACAGGCUUCUUCCGCCACCCACAGUACGUGGUACCCAGCAACGACAGGGAAGUCACCGUGAAGCAUAGGGAGUGGGUCAAUGAGAACUAUGAUGUGAUCUGGGACCAGGACCAGAACUCUUUCAUGGGCUUUGGCUUUACCGAGUCCCCUAUUCCUUUCUUUUCCGUCGAUCCCACACGCCGCGAGCAGCUUUUGCAAGACUCUUGGAGUAACGGAAAUAGGAUGAGGUUCCUGGCGGAGCAUUUUUGCGACAUUGGAACGAACAGAGAAGCAAAUGAGGAGGUCUGUCGCUUCAUCUGUGACAAAAUCCGUCGGACGGUCAAGGACCCGAAAAAGGCGCAAAAGUUGAUUCCGAAUGAGCUCUUUGCUCGUCGUCCUAUUUGCAUGGAUGGCUACUACGAGAUGCACAAUCGAGACAACGUGGAGGUUGUGGAUUUGAGAAGGACUCCGAUCGCCGAAAUCACUCCUGUUGGGAUUCGCACCGACGAUGGAACAGUCUAUGAGCUCGACGUCAUCAUCCUUGCAACCGGGUUCGAUGCCAUCGACGGCAAUCUCAUGAAGGCAGACAUUCGCAGUCGUGGCAGGUUACUUCGAGACUCGUGGGCAGAUGGCCCACGGUCUUACAUUGGUGCCUUUGCCGCAGGCUUCCCCAACAUGUUCAUGGUCAAUGGCCUGUUGGGAGCAGUCGCAAACGUGGUGCCCGCAAUAGAAGCCAGUAUUGAGGUGAUUACGAAUGCUAUCGAGCAAGCGGAAGCCGUUAGGAAGUCUAGGGCACCAACGCCAUUGUGGAAGCUACAGUCGAAGCCGAAGAUGAGUGGAUCAAAAAGUGCAGAGCGACAGCCUAAGGGAAUCUUAUGA